CUGUGUCGCCGCCCGGGAAUCGGGGUCUGAGUGUCGCCUUCCGCUGCCAUCCCGGGCACCGGGCGCUGAGGGACCCUUGGGCCCGGUGGGCGGAAUGGAGAAUCGGGAUGUGCCUCCAGGCCCUUAUCGGGCCACUAAGCUGUGGAAUGAAAUUACCACGUCUUUUCGAGUGGGAAUGCCCCUAAGAAAACAUAGGCAACACUUCAAAAAAUAUGGCAACUGUUUUACAGCAGGAGAAGCAGUGGACUGGCUUUAUGACUUAUUAAGAACUAAUAGUAAUUUUGGUCCUGAAGUUACAAGGCAACAGACUAUCCAGCUAUUGAGAAAAUUUCUUAAGAAUCAUGUAAUUGAAGAUAUCAAAGGCAAAUGGGGGACAGAAAAUCUUGAUGACAACAGUCAGCUAUUCAGAUUUCCUACAAGUUCUCCACUUAAAACUCUUCCACGAAGGCAUCCAGAAUUGAGAAAAAACAGCAUAGAGAAUUUUUCCAAAGAUAAAGAUAGUAUUUUUAAAUUGCGAAACUUAUCUCGAAGAACUCCCAAAAAACAUGGACUACAUUUCUCUCAGGAAAAUGCAGAGAAAAUGAACUGUGAAAUAAUUGAUGAAGAUCAAGAAAAUUUCGCUGAAAACAGAGAAAUAAGCCAGAAAGAAGUUGAAGAAGUUUGGAGAUAUGUUAUUCUGAUAUACCUGCAAACCGUUCUAGGUGUAUCCUCCCUAGAAGAAGUCAUAAAUCCCAAACAAGUAAUUCCUCAGUAUAUAAUGUACAACAUGACCAAUACAAGUAAACAUGGAGUAGUUAUACUGCAAGACAAAUCAGAUGAUCUUCCUCACUGGGUACUAUCUGCCAUGAAGUGCCUAGCAAAUUGGCCAAGAAGUAAUGACAUGAAUAAUCCAACUUAUAUUGGAUUUGAGCGAGAUGUAUUCAGAACAAUUGCAGAUUAUUUUCUAGAUCUCCCUGAACCUCUACUUACCUUUGAAUAUUAUGAAUUAUUUGUAAACAUUUUGGUUGUUUGUGGCUACGUCACAGUUUCAGAUAGACCCAGUGGGAUACAUAAAAUCCAAGAUGAUCCACAGUCUUCAAAAAUUCUUCAUUUAAACAAUCUGAAUUCCUUCAAAUCAACUGAGUGUCUUCUUCUCAGUCUUCUUCAUAAAGACAAAACAAAAGAAGAAUCAGAUACUACUGAGAGACUGCAGAUAAGUGAUCAAGGAUUUCAAGAAAAAUAUGCUAAGAAAAUGCAGCUAGUUAAUUUUAAAAACAGAAGAGCCAGUGCUAAUGACAUAAUGGGAGGAAGUUGUCAUAAUUUAGUAGGCUUAAGUAGAAUGCAUGUUCUAUCCUCUAACAUCAAACCAAGGUGCUAUUCAUUAGAAGGAAUUGUAGAUUUACCAGGGAGUUCAAAUAAAGAGGUCUCCAGUGUCUUCCAUCAAUCUGUUCUGAACAUAGAAGGACAAAAUAAUAAGCAAUCUUUAGAAUCUGAGACCAAACAGGAAUCCCUGAUGAAUCUUCAUUCAGAGGAACGUAUUCAAAAGCCAUUCUCUGUUGGUUAUAAGAGAACCUCUACUUUGACCAUUCAAGACCAAGAGGAGUUAUAUAAUGGAAAGUGCAAACCAAAACAGCUUUGUAGAUCUCAGAGUUUACUUUUAAGAAGUAGUACAAAAAGGAAUAGUUAUAUUAAUAUGCCAGUGGCUGAAAUUAUCAUGAAACCAAAUCUUGGACAAGGCAGCACCAGUGUGCAAACAGCUAUGGAAGGUGAACUCGGAGAGUCUAGUACCACAAUCAAUAAAAGACUCUGCAAAAGCACAGUAGAACUUUCAGAAAACUCUUUACCUCCAGCUUCUUCUAUGUUGACUGGCACACAAAGUUUGCUGCAACCUCAUUUAGAGAGGGUUGCCAUCGAUGCACUGCAGUUAUGUUGUUUGUUACUUCCCCCACCAAAUCGUAGAAAGCUUCAACUUUUAAUGCGCAUGAUUUCUCGAAUGAGUCAAAAUGUUGAUAUGCCCCAACUUCAUGAUGCAAUGGGUACAAGAUCACUGAUGAUACACACUUUUUCUCGGAGUGUGUUACGCUGUGCUGAAGAAGUAGAUCUUGAUGAGCUUCUUGCUGCAAGAUUAGUAUCUUUCUUGAUGGAUCAUCAACAGGAAAUUCUUCAAGUGCCUUCUUACCUGCAGGCUGCAGUAGAGAAACAUCUUGACUACUUAAGAAAGGGCCAUGUAUGUAUUAUUAAAAAUCCUGGAGAUGGAGUGAUUGCUCCUCUGCCAACGUAUUCAUACUGUAAGCAGAUCAGUCCUCAGGAGUUUGAUGAACAGAAAGUUUCUACCUCUCAAGCUGCAAUUGCAGAACUUUUAGAGAAUAUUAUUAAAAAUAAGAGUUUGCCUCUAAAGGAGAAAAGGAGAAAACUAAAACAGUUUCAGAAGGAAUAUCCCUUAAUAUAUCAGAAAAGAUUUCCAACCUCUGAAAGUGAAGCAGUACUUUUCGGUGACAAACCUACAAUCAAGCAACCAAUGCUAUUUUUAAGAAAACCAAAGUUUCGUAGUUUAAGAUACUAAUUGAAUUGAAAAUUAUGUACUACUUCUAGAACUUUGGUAAGUGAAGCCAUAUGUAAGAAUUCAGGUACUAAAAAGGAAGUCUAUUUAUUAAUAAAGUUGUUUGGUUUUUUUUAAUAAAACAUUAUAUAAGGAGGUGCCAAAUAGUUUUUAUCAUUGUGAAGCUGCUGAGAAACUAGUAGACCUUAACUGAGAGCAAAUAACAGUAGAUGAUACCAGGUAUUUUAACCAGAAAUGAUCUGUUGUUUUUUAUACAGCUAUCUGGAAAAUUUAUCAUGAUGUGUGCUAAAACUAUAUUUACUUGAAUUUUGAAAACUGACAUUUGCUCAUCAAGAUUAAGCUGUAAUUCUGUUUAAAAAAAAAAACUUAUCUGCACAUGCUUAUGGAUGUCACUUAAAGAACUAGUUGUUUUAGUUGUUUAUAAUUACUUUUGUUUCUAAGUGUAAGAAUGUGAAGAAUAUUUGGAAACUUGAUGAAUUAAUUUUCAUCUACUAAAUAUUGCACUCAUAUAUUCUUUUUCUACUUUUGAUCUAUUUAUGUAUCUAUGUGGUUUUAAAAUAUGUAUAUAUAAGACUUUGGUUUGCCUUUAAUGUUUACCCCAACUGCUUCAGACAUUCAUUUUUUUCCAGUAAAUAUCUUUUGCAUUCUAAUUGUCAGGAAUCCCCAAGAAGGUAGAGAUAUGAAAGAAGUAGAAAGCAGUCAUAUAUUCAUUUAAAAGAUAUUUAUUUAGCAACUGCUAUAUGCCUUUCAUUCUUCAAGAUGUGGGGAGAAAAUGAUGAAUAAAACGGAAAACCUCUUCCCCUAAAAUAUUUUCUAAUCAAGGAAAAUAUACCUAUUAUAUAUUUAAAAUAAUAGUACACCCCCUGAAAUCAAGUCAUGAGGAUUCAUUCCUACUGAAGACUAGCCUUUUUAAUGAUGAAACAGUUCUCUACUGCUGCUGCUGCUACUGCUAAGUCGCUUUAGUCGUGUCCGACUCUGUGCGACCCCAUAGACGGCAGCCCAUUAGGCUCCCCCGUCCCUGGGAUUCUCCAGGCAAGAACACUGGAGAGGGUUGCCAUUUCCUUCUCCAAUGCAUGAAAGUGAAAAGUGAAACUAGUGUUUUUUAAAUUGGUGCAUAUUAGAAGCACCAGGAGAGUUUUAAAAUAAAAAAUGCUCAGGCCCUACCUUAUAUUAAUUAAAUCAAAAUUUUAACGGAUAGCAUAUAGGCCUCAGUAUUUUUUAAACUCUCCAGGUGAAUCCAGUAUUCAGCCAACUUUGAGAAUCAGUGCCCUGAAUACUUUGCAUAAAUAAAAUGUCAAACUGGGAUCACAUUGGCUUUAUUAUUUCAUGGAAGAAAAUCCCAAGUGUAAGUUCCUGUCAUCUUAAUAGAAGGUUCUCCAAAUUUCUGCUUGACCAACAGUACAAACUUGAAGCAAUUUUUCUUCUCAAUUUUUCUGAAGAUUAUUUAAUAUCUAUUUGGUAAGUGUAAAGAUAUACAUACUGACUGGGAUGUAAUAGACGCUUAUUGUUCAAUGACUGUUUUGAUUUCUCAGUGUAAUGUCAUACAGUAAAAUGACAAUGUUCCAUUUGAGAUUAUUAUUUUUAUUAAAAAUAGGAACAGAAAAUAAUAUAUCUUUUGCCCAGAAACCUUAGCUAAAAAUAUUGAACCAAAUUAGAAUUCUUCCCAAGGUGUUUGUAGACUCAAAAAUUUGUUUAAAGGUGUGUACUAGUGUGAAUUAUGUUGUGUAUUGUGAUAAAAACUAUUGUGGGUUUUGUAACAAUUUAAUUUUAUAUUUAUUGAUUGAUAUUAAGUAUAUAAAUACUAUAAAGGCAUAGUAAACUUUCAUUUCCAUUAGUGUGCAUUCAAUUGAGGUUAAAGAGUACAUGAUAUAACACUUUAAUAAUGUGAACUCUGAAGUCAGAUUUGAAUCAUACUGUGCUGUUUACUGUGUAACCACAGACAAGUUGUUUAACUUCUCUAAAUCCCAGUUUUCUCUUAUCUGUAUGAUAAAAAUUAUAAUAGUACAUGUCUAUUAGGAUGUGAGCAUUAAAUACAAUAAUGCAUGACAGGAGUGUUUAGCACAGUAUCUAGCAUAAAAUAGGCACUCUAAAAUAUUAGAAAUUAAUACUAGAAACACCUAGAAUUAUAGCACUAGAAGAGAUUGUAGGAAAAAAUAGAGUCCUCUCAAUUGCUUUGAGCAGAAGGGAAGGAACCAAAACAAAAUUGUGAACAAUUUCUUGUUAAACUUAUUUGUAGUGUGUGUCUUAUUAAACUAUUUUUAGUUAUGAAAGAAAGCUUCUGAUUGUACAUACUAGUUGAAAAUAUUUGGUCUAGUAUAAAGAGAAAGAAAACGUUAAUGUCUUCAGAAGCAAUCAUUGAAUAUGUGAAAGCAUACAGGAUACAUUACACAAGUAGAAUGCUUAGCCUUUGACUGGAAUGUGCACAGAUACCAUUGUAUCAGGGGGAAAAAAGAGUCUUUAAUUUCAAAUAUUGAUGGGUUGGUUUGAUGUUAAAUGCUUAUAGAAAAGAUUUUAAAAUUAAAAAAAUAAAAAACUAAAAAAAAAAAAUUAAAUAAAAAAAUUUAAAAAAAAGAAAAGAAAGUUUCUUCUAAUACUUUUACUUUCUUGGGAAAAAAUAAUCAAAAUCAGCCCUUGAAAGUAAAGCAUUUGGGGGAAGAUGUUGCAAAUUUCAGGGAAGAGGAUAUGAAAUGGUCUAGCAAAUCUGUUGGAACACAUAGGAAAUUUUAUUUCUGAUGCCAAAAGUUAUCGCCACCAAGCAUUCCCACUAGCUUCUGCUAAUUGCUGUCAUUUAGUGAUCCACACUUCUCAUAUACUAUCUAGUUAAUCUAUACUCAGUAGUGGAAAGUACAAAGAAUUUCCUACUGACUAGCUUUCUGUCCUUGGAAAGUCUAAACUCUUAGUUUCCUCAUCCAUAAAAUAUGAAUAAUAACAUCUACUUAACCAAGUUGUAAGGAUAAUUAAAAGAGGCAAUGUAAUGUAUUUAAAUCUUGAACUUAUUAGCAAGCCUAAGCUCAAUUUCUAGGUCCUUUCCUCUUAUAUUGAAUUUAAUAAAGUUUCUGCUGAUUGAAACUUUCCUUCCAAUCUCUGUCCUCAUAUCUCACAAUAUAUUUUCUGUUCUCUUCUAUCAGUGGUGAUAUUUUUACUUCAUGUUUGGAAGAAUUAAAAAUAGUUCCAGAAUUUUAUAUACCUGCAGCCUGUUGCCUCUCCAACAGAUAUAUCUCCCUUUGAUUUUGAAGGUAAAGCACAUGUGUGUGCAUGUGGUAUUACUGUUGAAACUUCUAGAAGAGAAAUGAAGGAUUGUGGUUUUAACAUUAAACUCUAAAUUUAAGGAAAUAAAGUCAGUUCACUGGAAUAAAAUUCACAGUUCUAAAUACAAUAAAGUAUACCAACUUUA